ACCGAUGGAUCAAAUGUGCUUAGAUAUUUGCGUCUGAUGUUGUAGAGUCGCUGGAUCUAUUUCUUUCGUUACAGGAACCAUGAAUCAAGGCAAACCCAAGGCAGGAGGAAGCGUGAUUUACAGUGUCAGUUCGUGGCGACUUGGGGACGAUGGAUCUAUUCAUCGACGUGGUCGACUCAAGUACUCGAGUGGCGAUGUAUAUGACGGCGAAUGGGUCGAUGGCAAGCGUCAUGGUCAAGGAGUGCUCACCUUUGGGUCAGGUGGAAGUUACACUGGCGAAUUUGCCAACAAUUUGUUCGAAGGAUUCGGCGUGCUUCGUAUCCCCAAGUCUCAGCACCCGUUGACCAAGACAUGGCAACGUGGAGAGAAGUACGAAGGCGAUUUCUUACGUGGACUCAAGCAUGGACGUGGUACUUGGCAAACUCGAAGUGGAGACCAGUACGAUGGCGAGCUGAAGAAAGGACUCUACGAAGGCAAAGGCGUCUGUGUGUAUGGAGCUACAGGUGAUGUGUAUGACGGAGAGUUUGUAAGAGGCUUUCGUCACGGCCGAGGUGAGCUGCGCUUCCGCAAUGGGUCAGUCUACAACGGAGGCUUCCGGUUUAAUAAUUUCCACGGCUUUGGACGCAUGUCGUAUGGACCUGGAGGCAUUCACGGCUCGUACGUUGGAGACUUCGUGGAUGGUAAACGACAUGGACAAGGUGUUCGUGUGUACGGAAGUGGAGAUAAGAGCAACAGAAGACGAUAUGAAGGCGCAUGGGAGGACGAUGAACCUCAUGGUACCGGCGUACUUGAGAGUGACGGACGCACAGCUGUGGGGGUAUUUGAACGUGGCUUGCAGAAGGGACCAGGGGCUAUUCGAUUCGCGAAUGGUGAUACGUACGACGGCACCUUCGAGAGAGGAGAUCUUCAUGGCGAAGGACGCUACGUGUAUCGAGAUGGUGGUGUGUAUGAAGGUACAUUCGUACGCUCCAAGCGUCACGGUAAAGGCAUUCGAGUGUUUUCCACUGGUGCUCGAUACGUUGGCGACUGGGUGGAUGAUCAGAUGCAUGGUAGAGGAGCACACACCAGCAAGAUAACUAUGAAGCCUCGAGGUAAAGCCAAGAAAGGUGGUGGGAUUGGUCUCUUAGUGUACGAUGGAGACUACUACAAUGGACACCAGGCUGGAGAAGCUAAUAUCGUCUACGAGUUCAAGCCGCAGAUCGAAGAACGACCUGAGGUGGGGGAGUGGAAUGGUGAGUUUGAGUUUCCUGAAGGCUCGCGCUGUUGGCAUCGUGGACGAGGGAAGACAACGUACCAAGGUGGAGUUGUACGUGGUCGCUUCCAUGGCCAAGGGUGUUUACGCUCUCCUGAUGGGAAAUUGUGGCGUGGGGAGUGGGUACACGGCCAGCUUCAUGGUCGUGGUGAACGUGUGUAUCUCCCGCUGGAAUUUGACAUUCUGAUGGCCAAUGAAAUACUGGAAAAAGGCGCUUCUAGCUUAAUAGGAGUACGGUUGGGGCUCUAUGAUGUGGUGCAGUAUGUUGGCGAGUUUGUGAAGAAUGUGCGCCAUGGGGAAGGCGAGCUGCUGUACUCGAAUGGAUUUCGUGUUCGAGGACAGUUUGUGAACGGAUUUGUUGAAGGCGUAGCAAUGUGCACGUUCGGUGGACAAGGUGACAACACUCGAUGGAGAUAUGGGGAGUUUGUUCGAGGAGAACGCAAGCGUUGGCUUAAUGAAGAAGAAGAGAGCGAGAUACUGAAGAGGAAGCACGACGAAGAAGCUGCUGAAUCACGCAAACAAAGUUUAAUAAAGAUGAUGGCGAGGUGAGUUUGUUGACGAUACUUCAACGCAGUUCUAUUCGACAUUACAGUUCUUCGUGACCUGCAAAUUCACCCACGUCCUUCGUCUUAAAGAAAGUCUUAACGCGAGAGAUUUCGUCUUGCAACACGUCUUGUUCUGCUUGCCCACAUGCCGCUGGCGUUUCGAAGCGAACCUCAUACUGGCACAUCUCACGUUCCUCUACAGACACGACACGAUUCUGCUCACCACACAACAGCUCCACGCGUGUGUGACGCUCCUGUCCAUUGGCACAAGGCUCGCCAUGGUUGUAACUCUGCACACGCGCAAAGUUAACAGACUCUUGCCACUCAUUCCAGAUCCCAAGACCGAUGGGACGUGGCACCUCUACUUCCUCUUCCUUCUCAUCUGCCACUUUAUCUCCGACCUUCGUUUGACGCUCCGCC